UUGUAGAUGGAUUGGCAAGGAAAAAAGUUAGUGGAGCAGAUAUUGCUGUUGGUGUUUGCAGUGAUUUCGUUUGUUGUAGGUUAUUGGUUGGGAUCGGUUCAGAUGAUGAUGAUCGUUUAUGCUGUUGGUGUUGUUCUCACAGCAUUGAUUACGGUUCCAAAUUGGCCUUUCUUCAACCAUCACCCACUCAAUUGGUUCAGUGAAGGUGAGAAGCAUCCAAAGGCACAGGUAGCUGUGCGUUUGAAAAAGAAAGGCACUAAGAAGUAA